CCCGCCAUUCUACCAAAACCCAAUUCCAAAAUCUCCAAUCUUUCUCAUCUCUACUCUUCUCUGUUCAUUUCAAAAAUCGCAAAAACCCUACUCUCAUUUCGAUUUCUAAGUGAGAACCAGAAAUGCCUCGCGAAAUCAUCACGUUGCAGGACGGCCAAUUCGGCAACCAGAUCGGGCACGGCAUCAGCAAGGACGGCAUUCUCGAAGAUUUUGCAACCCAGGGAGGUGACCGUAAGGAUGUGUUUUUCUAUCAAGCAGAUGAUCAGCAUUAUAUACCACAUGCGUUGCUUAUGGAUUUGGAGCCUCGGGUGAUUAAUAGCAUACAAAAUGGUGAAUACAGGAAUCUGUACAAUCAUGAGAAUGUAUUCAUCGCAGAUCAUGGAGGAGGUGCUGGGAAUAAAUGGGCAAGUGGAUACCAAUACCAUCAGGCACAGCUGCUUAUUUAACUACUCAAGUUCUUGGGGUUUCUUAUGGAAGUAUUUUGUUUCCCUUGUUUUUUGUUCUUCUUUUAUUUUCAAUAAAACAAAACACUCUAUCAUUACGGCAUGCUUAAUGCCUAUA